UCUUCUGUACGCGUUUCCCAAAUCGCUUCUAUUUUUCUCAUCAGAAUCGUGCUGCUCCGGCCGGUCCUCGCCUCUGGAACUGCGGAAAUCCGACGGAAUUUACCGGGGUGAUUUGCAUGGGAAUUUCAAUCAAGGCAUUUGAUUCAGCUGCUGGAAUUACUGGUGCCAGUAAUCGACUGUCACGCGGAGGAGAGAAGCGAGGGACCUGUCCGCAACGACUUUUUUGAGUCUUUCACUAAGGAUUACGGAUUCUUGAAACGUGCUAAAUGAAUGGGCUUCCCAUACCACCGUGCACCUCCAACGGGACUACCCCGAGCAACGGGACCUGCGUGGACCGCAUGGAUCACUUGUUCCAGGCUUUCUCCUCCACUGCGGUGCUCUUCGUGCUGGUCGCCGUGAUAACGGGCAUCGUCUUUGUGUCCCUCGCCACCUUCCACGUCCACAAGAGCAAGAUGAAGAAGCGCAAGAUCCAGAAAGCGCAGGAGGAGUACGAGCGCGACAACUGCAGUCCGAGGACGGCGAAGGGGAGGGCGCCGCUCCGACAGUGCGUCGUGGUCCGAGCGGGACGUGGAGGAGCCGGGGUUCGAGACCCAGCCGCCGUCCCGAACCCCGAUCAAGACUCCAGUGCCAUACCUAUCCCGGGGAACUGUUCCAAGGCUGACAGCAGACACAGCAGGGACCACGAAGCAAAUGCGUCGUCUUGAUAAUGUAAAUGCUGCAGACAAACUGGCCAUCCUGUAUACAGAUAAUGUAUGUCUAUAUACUGUAUAUAGUCCCAUGUAUAACUACAGUACGUAGAGGGCAUAUAGUAACAAGUCAAUCGGCGCAUGGACAGUUAUUAACUUUCAACUAUAGCUUCAAGGAUUACCUGGGACCAUGGCACAGAUGAACUAUACUAUAAUUCUACUGAAAUACUAAAAUGCAGUGAGUGUAAAUGCAGCAGCGGACCGGCCGCGGUUCCCGCCAUUGUUUCUACAUUCUAGUACACGUUUCCUGAAGGUGUAAAUGAUGUAAAUGAUGCUAGGCGAGCCACCACGGCUGCACUGUCCACAGAAGAAGGCUUGAAGACGCAGAGGGAUGAGUUGUGAAUGUAACCUGAUGCACAAGUUGUGUCAAAACCGUUAAAUUGUUGUGUUUUUUUUUCCCUUUAAAUGUACUACGCGGUGGAGUUUUUUUUUAUUUUUUAAUAUGUCGAAGAAGUUUAGUUCGGUAGGACGCAGAGGACCUGUUUUGUUUUGGGGUUUUUUUAGAGUUUUUACUCGGUUUACUGGCUGCGGGAGUCCUGCAGCUCUCGGGGCUCCGAAAAGCCGUGUGAAGAAGAGCUCAUAUCCCCACAGCAGAGCUGCCGAACCUUCGUGAAACGGGCGAUUUGACGGCGUCCUUCCCGCCUCAGUGCGAACUGGACCUGUGUGUCUGUAGCCAGUAGCCAAGUAUAAUAAUGUGCACGUGAGCUCCCUUCUUGCUAAUAGAUAGAGCAACAUAUACAACAUCUGAGCCUAACCUGUUUUGCAUCUCAACUCCUUUUUGUCUUCAUCUGUCGCGGAAUUCUCUUCGUUAAAGUAACCAACAGAUUUGGCCACGAUGCUAUGAACAAUAAGGCAGUGAUAUAUAUAUAGAUAUAAUAUUUGGAUUCAGUAUUACAGACUUAGUUUUACAGAAGCUCUGAAGCUCAGUUUGCUUAUACUUAUAAUAAUAGUACUACUACUUCUGUCUUUUUACUUCUGAUAUUUUACUGUACCUCUUACU